AUGACUAAGAUAUCCCUUAUAAACUAUGUUUGCGGAGUUCUUCUUCUUCUUCUCCUAGCUGCGAAGGAAGGAGAGGGGAAGUCCAUCAAAGUCUCCCAAUGCCAUCCCAGCAACAUUGAUCAAAUCCCAGCUAGGAUACAGAAGAUCUGCCUACGACUUUUGGCAUCUAUUGAGGAACUGGCUGAAGCUGAUCAGGACUACGAAG